AUGGGGUUAGGUAUUCUCGAAGACUCGGUCAUGGAACAUGUUCCUGGCACGACCCGGUACUUUGACGAUCCCCUCCGACCACAGAUUGCACACGAUGGCCUCGCCGGCCUCAAGUGCGACAACAGCGGCCCCGAGCCCAUCAUCCUCGUCCCGCAGCCGUCUGACGACCCAAACGACCCUCUCAACUGGCCACUCUGGAAGCGCGACCUCAUCACGGCGACUCUCUCCAUCACCGCCAUCUUCGCCACCGCCCUUGGCCCCAUCCUCGCUGCAAACACCAUUACGCUGUCUCUCUGGUUUACGCGUGACUUCACCAAGGUCGCCUUGCUGACCGGCUACUACCUGCUUGGCGUGGGCUUCGCCGGCACCUUUUUCGUGCCCUCCAGUCGCAUCUGGGGCAAGCGCCACGCCUUUGUCAUUGGCACAUGCAUUCUCAUCGGCAGCAGCGCCUGGGGCGGCGCCGUCAACACCAACUACACGAGCAUGCUGUGGGCGCGCAUCGUCCAGGGCGUCGGCACGGCGCCGUUUGAGGCCCUCCUCAACGCCGCCAUCGGCGACCUGUACUUUGUCCACCAGCGCGGCAAGCGCAUGGCCUUUACCAAUCUGGCCGUGUUUGGCGGCUCGUUCUUCACCCCGAUUCUCGUCGGCAAGAUUACGCACACGAUCAAGUGGUGGUGGACAUUCAACCUGAUUGCCAUCUUCUGCGCCAUGUGCCUGCCCCUGAUCAUCUUCCUUUGCCCCGAGACUGCGUACCGACGCGACGACACACUGAAUCUGGACCUGCUCGCCACGGACGAGAACGCCGCCAUCCGCCAGGGCGCGCAACCCAUUGGCAAACGGGACUCGUCGGGCAACGACGAGGAGAAGACGACCGGCGCUGCUGAACCGGCGACUGCAACAGCACCCGACGGCGCAGCCAGUGCCGCCGCCGCCUCCGCUGCUGCUACUGCUACUGAUCCCAGCGCUACCGCGCCGGCCGAUGUUGAGCGUAGCGCGCAUGCGCAAAACGUCCCCGAGAAGGUGUCGUACGUCAAGAGCCUUGCGCUGUUCAACGGGCGCAAAACGGACGAAAACUUCUUCAAGCUGUUCCUUCGCCCGUUCCCUCUGUUCCUGCAGCCGGCGUUCCUCUGGGCGAGCCUGACGCAGGGCACGCUGAUCGGCUGGACGGUGUUUAUCGGCGUGGUCAUGGCCGAGUUUUUCUUGGGCUACCCGCUGUGGUGGGACGAGGUGAAGACGGGCUACGCCUACACAGGUGCUUUCGUUGGCGCCAUUUGUGGUUUCCUGAUUGCCGGCCUGCUGGCGGACUGGAGCGCCAAGAAGCUGACGCGCAUGAACAACGGCAUCUACGAGCCCGAGUUUCGCCUGGUGCUCGUCAUCCCGCAGCUUGUGUUUGGUGUCAUGGGCCUGUACGGCUUCGGCAUCACGAUUGACGGCAUGAUGAAGGAAAAGUUCAACUGGGCGGUGCCGUUGGUGUUCUUCGGGUUCGAGGUGUGCGGCAUGGUGAUUGGCGCCGUGGCGAGCAGCCUGUACAUUGUGGACGCGUACCGCGACCUGUCCAUCGAGGGCUUCACCUGUCUGCUGAUUUUCAAAAAUUUCUUCAGCUACGGCCUGACGUACAAGGCGUACGAUUGGCUGGUGGCCAACGGCACCAAGGCGCGGCCGGUGUUCAAUGCGCUGGGCAGCGUGCAGCUUGUGGUGUGCCUGUUGGCGAUCCCCAUGUACGUGUUUGGCAAGCGCAACCGCAGCUUCUUUUAUCGCCACGACAUUCUCAAGAUGCUCGGUCUGAGAUGA